UUGAUUUUACGAACCGUCAUAAACCACUUUUUUCUGUCAAAUUUCCGAAAUUCAGAUUUUUAUACAUUUUGAAAGCCUGUCCUCCACUCUAUCGACUGGCGAAAUUUGAGACCAUAAUUCGGUUUAUUUUAAGAAUAAGAGCAAAUUCAAAUUUCACCGAAAACGUCCUAUCGCCUCGAGUAAUUUUACGAAGUGACCUAAACCUUCGUGACUGUUCGUAAAAUCACAGUUGGCGCGCUAUGUUUUGUUACGAUCCGUCCUAUCCAGUGUAAACAAGACCACGGACUCAUCGAACUUUACUUACAAGGGAAAUCACACUAUUUUCAGGAGCUGAUCGCCGUGGAACAAAUCCUUGCAUGGAUGAGAUUGAUGUGGUGGUCCAGUGGGACCGCGACAAGUCCAAAAACACAGUGGCCUUGAACGACCUGGUGCUGAGGAAGAAUGCUUCCCUGAAAAUUGGAGCUACUGUAAAGAUGAAAUGGAGAAAGGGGUGGUGGAAAGGGAGGGUGGAGCAAAUCAUCUCUAACCGUGAAGAGGAGCCGAUGGACAUUGAGGGGGAAGGCAUGACCGAAGAAGAUGAUAGUGAGGAAGAUGAAGAGGAUGAUGAUGAAAAUGUACCAUUGGCAUCAUAUGUGAAACGCAUCUGCUCCAUUCCACAAAUCGAAGAAAUGGAAGUCUUCACAGAGUUAAGUGCAGGAGGUCAAGGCUAUGCAGUCCAACAAGAACAGCCUCGUACUGUAGUCCAGAGUCACCUUGCAGAAGAGCUAAUGGAUACUGAGGUGGAAGAGAUUACUGAAGAGGAAGAUAGUGAGGAUGAUGAUGAAAAUGUACCAUUGGCAUCAUAUCGAAGGGUAACACUGAUCGAAGGCGGAGAAGGCUGUGCCGUCCAGCCAGACCAUCCCUUUACAGUAGUCCAGAGUCACCUGGAAAAGAACUCCCUCCUUGAAGAAUGUCCCAGGCUCCCCCCAAAAUCUGCAACAGUGCAGGAACAAGGAAGGGUAACACUGAUCGAAGGCGGAGAAGGCUGUGCCGUCCAGCCAGACCAUCCCUUUACAGUAGUCCAGAGUCACCUGGAAAAGAACUCCCUCCUUGAAGAAUGUCCCAGGCUCCCCCCAAAAUCUGCAACAGUGCAGGAACAAGGAAGGGUAACACUGAUCGAAGGCGGAGAAGGCUGUGCCGUCCAGCCAGACCAUCCCUUUACAGUAGUCCAGAGUCACCUGGAAAAGAACUCCCUCCUUGAAGAAUGUCCCAGGCUCCCCCCAAAAUCUGCAACAGUGCAGGAACAAGGAAGGGUAACACUGAUCGAAGGCGGAGAAGGCUGUGCCGUCCAGCCAGACCAUCCCUUAACAGUAGUCCAGAGUCACCUGGAAAAGAACUCCCUCCUUGAAGAAUGUCCCAGGCUCCCCCCAAAAUCUGCAACAGUGCAGGAACAAGGAAGGGUAACACUGAUCGAAGGCGGAGAAGGCUGUGCCGUCCAGCCAGACCAUCCCUUUACAGUAGUCCAGAGUCACCUGGAAAAGAACUCCCUCCUUGAAGAAUGUCCCAGGCUCCCCCCAAAAUCUGCAACAGUGCAGGAACAAGAUAUUCAUGAUCCAGACCAGCCAAGUUGUGAAAGCCUCCUUUGUGAAGGUGAGGUGUUUGCUGCUUGUUUCAGAUGCCAAGCUUUACUAUGUUUUGAACAUUUUGAUAAUAGUGAAGAAUGUGAUUGCCAUGGUCUGAAUACCCAAGAUCCAUAUCUUGAGAAUUUCCAAGUUGAUGGUUAUGAUGAAAUCCUCGUACAAGAACAUGAGAAAAACUGCAAUGAAAAUGUGCAUUUGUCAAAAUCUGGAUCUGUAAAAUCAAAAAAUAAGAUUGUUAAGGAACUUCGAAACAAAGGUGAGCCCUACCUAUCAGAAAAAUCAAGAAAAACAAUGGCAGGACGUAAAAAUCUGCCAUUCAAGAAAUGUGAUAGUUACAUGUGCGAGCUAAAAAGACUUGAAUGUAACAUCAUCACUCAAGAAGUCAUGAAAAACGUACGAGAGGAUUUCUAUGGAUUGGGUACUCUGACUGGGCAAAGGGAGUACAUAGCUAGACACAUCAGCACUACUCCUAACAAGAAAGGAUUACGUAAGAACUUAACCUAUUUCCUGCCAAGUCCUAUUAACCCUGGGCAUAGAUUGCCAGUGUGCCAAAAGACUUUUCUUACUACACUCGGCAUAAGUACUCGCCAAGUAAGAACGGUCUUGGCCAAAACCUGCAACAAGACAGGUACAAUGGAAAAAGAUAGGCGAGGGGGCAAACAAAAUCUGGAUCCCACACAAAAGGAAAAGAUCAUUACUCACUUACACAAAUUCCCAAGAGUGCCAUCUCACUAUUGUCGUGCGAAUUCAGAAUUCACUUAUGUUGCUCCAGACCUCACAAAGGCAAUAAUGUAUCAAUUAUUUGUGAAGGAACAUGGAAAUUGUGCCUCACGAAGUACGUAUGUAAAAGCAAUGAAAUCAAUGAAAAUCAAGAUCCACAAACCAAAAAAAGACAUGUGUGGAUUGUGUUCAAAUUACACCAAUGCUCAGGGUCAGCUGAAGGAAGAUCUAAAAGAGGUAUACGAUGCACAUAGGGCAGAGGUAGAGAAGGUCAGGGGUUUGAAGGCACAGAGCAAAGAGAAAGCAAUUUCAUCUGACCAGUUUGCCAGUGCUGUAUUUGACCUUCAACAAGUCAUGUACUUGCCAAAGUCCAAUAGAAGUGAAAUAUUCUAUAAGAGACGACUUGCUUGUUACAAUUUGACUGUAUAUGAUUUUGAAAAAAGAGAUGGACUUUGUUACUUGUCUAAUGAAACAAUAACCAAAAGAGGAUCGAAUGAAAUUGCUUCCUACCUUCUAGACUACCUCAGAGAAGUUGACAAAAAAGGCGUAAAGGAAGUAGACUUCUACAGCGAUGGAUGUGCUGGUCAAAACAGAAAUUCGGUCCUGCCAGCAAUGGCUAUGGCUUUCAUGAAGGAAUGUACAAAUGUAGCAGUAAUCACUUUUCAUUACUUUGAGAAAUGCCAUGGGCAAAGUGAGUGUGAUUCAAUCCAUUCCCAUAUAGAGCAAAGGCUCUCAAAAUCACAUGAACUUAUGCACCCUGUCCAACUUUCCUCCAUCAUCAGAGAAGCUAGAUCAAACCCAGGUCCUUACAGGGUCAAGUGUGUCAGGACCCAAGACAUCUUGUCCUGGCGAUCAUACUCCCAGCAGCUGGGUAUUCUUAGAACGAGGACAUCGGAUGAGGGUGUUUCUGUAGACUGGACUAUGUUCAAACAGGUUCAGCUCAAGAAGGAAUGUCCCAUGCAAAUCUUUUUCAAGACUUCACAUUUACAGGAUCAGUAUAACACACUCUCUAUAGGCCAGGGUCGUCGUAGAAACCCUGCACAGUCUCUACAGCUUCCUGGUCAGCUUUAUGAGAGUAGACCGAAGCUCUCUCAGGAGAAGUAUGGUGACCUCGUCAGUCUGUGCAGGGGAUCUACUCCAGUGAUAAUUCAACCAGAACUUGUUGAAUACUACGAAAAUCUUCCUCAUUGAAGCACUGAAUAUACAUAUUAAUUUUCCUAUAUUUGUAUUUGUU